GUUGAACACCAAGGUAUUGUACCUCGCAUAGCAGCUUUUCCAGCUUACACUACGGCAGUCAGCGAGGAUUGCACCUUCAAGGCCUACUACCCAAGGAAACCAUGUCACUGAGAUGCUUACCGGGGUGCUAGUGACUUUAGCACGAGAAGCUUAAGGAAGCUACGCGUGAAGACCAACUUGACCCAAAUUCACCAACCACCAGCAUGGUUCCGCCACCAGUGGCCCGUCUCUCGCGCGUCUGGUUUCCAAGCGGCGGGAUCGCCGUGUCGGGAGCCGAGGAUGCCUACUCUAAGCUGAUACGCGCUGGUUUCCUGCGCCAGGCACAUUCUGGCAUAUUCCAUAUGCUCCCCUUGGGCCGGCGAGUUCAAGACAAAGUCGAGGCACUCAUCGCAGGGUAUAUGGAGAACCAGUUGGCCGCAUCUCGAGUUUCGCUGUCUUCCAUAUCCUCCCAAGCCCUCUGGGAGCGGAGUGGCCGCUUAGAGAACGUUGCGUCUGAGCUGUUCAAGUUCUCGGACCGCAAGGAUGUGGCCUUUCUGCUCGCUCCCACCCAUGAAGAGGAAAUCACCUCGCUGGUCGCCCGGACAGUCAAGUCGUAUAAGGAACUUCCCCUACGGCUGUACCAAAUCACCCGCAAGUAUCGUGAUGAGUUUCGUCCGCGACAUGGCCUCCUCCGGGGGCGUGAAUUUAUCAUGAAAGACCUAUACACCUUCGACAGCAGCGUUGAUGCAGCGCUCAAGACCUAUGACGAAGUGCGGACUUCCUACGCAAGCAUCUUUUCCGACAUGAAGCUGCCGGUUUUGGCGGCCAAGGCGAGCUCUGGCGAUAUGGGAGGCGAUCUCAGUCACGAGUAUCACCUUCCAACGCCCCUCGGAGAGGACCGCGUUGUCAGCUGUGACAGCUGUGGAUACGUGGUUAACGAGGAGAUCGCCGACUCUGCAGUGUCCCUACGGGUCCUUGAAGGCACACCCAUCCAAGCCUGGCGGGGCAUCACCAAAGACAGGACGAAGCUCGUCAAUGUCUGGUAUCCCAGGUCAAUGCAGUCAUUGGAUGGGAUAUCGCGGGAGUACGCGGAUCAUGACAUCAAUCUACUCGCCGUGAAAUCCGUCGUGCCUGAUCUGGACUCUGGGGUAGAGGACACUCUCUUCCUCUGGGCUACCGCUACUGCCUCAGAGACAGGGACGGCAAAGGAGGUUGUGAAUAUCGUGGACAGCCGUCUCCCUCAUCCACUGCCUAAGACGCUGGAGAGCAAUUCAUCGACAGUCUUCGGGUGGCCAACGGCACUGCCUCCGCCGGCACUGCCGUUGUCCACCUCUUCUCAUAGGACAAACGGUCUCCUACGGGUUCGUACCGGCGACAAAUGCCCCCAAUGCUCGUCGGGAACGUUGAAGGUGGAAAGGGCGAUCGAACUCGGGCACACCUUUUUCCUCGGAACAAGAUACUCGGAGCCGCUCAGAGCCAUGGUUACAGUGCCGCCAGCCACGCAAGCGGUGCCCAUACAGAUGGGAUGCCAUGGAAUCGGCAUCUCACGCGUCAUCGGCGCCGUCGCUGAGCACUUAGCUGACAAGAUAGGGCUGAACUGGCCCAUCUCAAUAGCCCCGUAUUCAUGUGUCGUCAUAGCCGGGAAAGACGCCGACGAUGCGGAUGCUGUGCAGGUGUGUGGCCGUAUCACCAACACACAGGGAAACGAAAGUCUGUCCCUCGAUGUGGUGCUCGACGAUCGUUCGAGGCCUCUCCCAUGGAAGCUAACCGAUGCCGACUUGAUCGGCUUCCCCAUAAUCGUCGUACUCGGAAGGGAGUGGGCCGCAGCGAGGCGAGUAGAGGUACAGUGCCGAAGGCUGAGUAUGAAGGAGGGUGUGGAAUUGGAGGACCUUCCGCACUUAAUAAGGCAGUUGCAUGCGUUGCUGUAAAGGGUGAGGUCGUGUGUAAUCCCUGGUGUAUCAUCAACAAUACAUGUGUACAAGUAGAUACUAUACCACAUCCCGGUCUGUUAGAUGUCGGGAAGAGAGCUUAUAAACAAUGUAUUAUAC